AAUUAAAAACUUGUGUGGAUUGACACAACCACUACAUAGAUAAAAAAAUAUAAAUAGAGGAAGAAGUAGAAAAAAUCUCAUCAAUAGUAUAUUUGGUCAAUUUAAAUGGGAUAAGCAAACUGAUUUCUUAUUUAUUAUUUGUUAAUAGAGUCCUAAUGAAAACUGUCCAAUUGAAGUUCAAGAGACUGGCAAAAUUUAUAUUUCUAGGAUUUUUAUAUUUCUAGGUCAAUAAAUUAAAGUUUUGUUGUUAUAGGAUAUGGUAAUCUUUGUGAAGAAUAGCAGAAUAGGUCUGAAUAGAACAAAUGAGGAAAUAAAAAAAUAAAUAUUUCAUAAAUAUUUGGUGAAAAACUACAUGCUAGGUAAGACACUGUUAAUAACAGUACAUGCAAGAAAAUAUAUGAAAUAACUGCAUGCAAGGUAAGUAGAAAUAUAUGAUAUUUGUCAAAUAUUUUUGUGUGGAAUGAGUUGCCAACAAAUAUGCCAAAUAAUCAUACUGUUUAAUUUGUACUCCUGGUGUCAUGAUGAUUCUGUAGUAGAAUUGUAUUGUUUCAUAUUUCUGCAGUCAUACUACACACAGCAAAUCAUUUUUAGAAUGUUUCUGUGAGGCUGAAUGAGAAGAUGGCUGUUUCAUGAUGUUUGUUCAUAUUUCUCAUAAUCUAGUUGUUUGUUCCCCAUGAAAAUGUUGCAUUUUCUGGCAUGUUCUUCCUGAAGCUGGUGUAGCUGCUAAUGUUGGAACCAAUACCAAUUGAACUAACUUAAACUGCAUUGAACUCACUAUCAAAAUGGCUACACUACAGUGAGUUGCAAGUUGAGUUUUGCGUCCAUAGGUUUUGAUCAUAUGGUAUUGAUAUCAUUUACUGGUACUUUGUGAAAGAUUUUGGUCUGAUCUAUACUGAAUUGAUGAUGUCUUGGAAUUAUAUGGAAAUGCAGGAUCAAAUUUUGGUUAUUUUUGCUGCUUGUUGCCUUCAAUACAUUAUCUCUUUUUGUGUUAGAAGUUGACUGUGCUAAAAGCCUCCUUUUUUGGCUGUGGGUUUUUAGUUCUCCUCCCAACUGUGCUGUAGUCUGUGCUUACCCGUCAUUUUCUUGAGAAAAUUUAUAUACAGGUUGAGAUCCUCAGACAAUUAGGAGGCAAUACUAUGAAUAAAGCUAAUAAAUUAAUAAUAAUUAUCACCUUACAGUGCAUGAAACUAAGAUUGUGAUCAUGGACGUUUGGAUUGUGAUUGAGUGAAAAUUUUGAAUUAGGGUUUGAUUGGGGAUAUAGUUGAUGUUGUUAAUGGAAUUAAAAUGCUGUCUAACGACGUUAGGACAAUAUCUAUAAUAAUGGCUAACUCGGCCUAAGAUCUAAAAGUAUAGUGGUUUAUUAUUAUUUUUUUAAAGUACAGUGUCUAAUUUGGCCCCCAGGCCAAAAUACACUAGCCAAUUGGGGAUCAUCACCUAACGUCAUCUAUUAUAAUGGCUAACAUGGUUUGAUUUUUGAAAAUACAGUGGUUUAGGGUUUAGAGAUCAGGUACAGUGACUAAUUUGGCUCCUAGGCCAAAGUGCUGUGGCUAAUUUGGCACUCUGCCCUAAGAUUAAUAUACUACCAUGCAGAAUGCAGUAUUCCUUGAUAUAUUAAUUCAUUAAUGUUGUGAUUCUUCUUCUUUCCUCAUCUUCAGAUUCUUCCCCAAAUUGCAAGCAGAGGAAAACAAAGAGAGAGAGAUAGGGAUAGAGUUUGAAAAUGAGGGUAUUUUAGUUAUUUUAAAAAAUUAAACUGAUGUUAAAAAAAGGUAAGAGGCUAGUGCAACAAGAUUUGUAAAGUCAAUAAAGGUUGCUAUUCUCAUAAUAUCAAUGCUUGCAUAUAUGCCAAAUUUAAGAAGUACUGAGCAUAUUUUUCCUUAAAUCUUUAUAUACUUGGUUGCUUACUAUUUUCCUUUAGGAUUUAUGUUAUUUUAUACCAUUGCAUAUAUCUUGAAAUUGUGAUUCAACCUAAACCAACUCAUUCCCCUUGCCCCCCCCCCCAAAAAAAAAAAAAAAAAACAAAAAAAGAAAAAGAAGUCAAAUUUAAUUAGGUUUGAUUAGUUUGAUUUUAUUUUUAUAAUUUAAUUGAGUUAGUUUUGGGCCCUCUCAUUAUGUGUGAUCUUGGUUUAAUGGAUGAAUGUGACUUAAGGUGUUGCCACUGAUGCUUAGCAAGGCGUUAAUUUGAUCAAUCUAUUAGAUGGUCUCUGUGUGGUAAGUUGAGCUAGAGGGCAUUAUGGGGAUUGUUUUGAUCAAUCUAUUGGAUGAUCUUUGCAUAGUAAGUUGUGACAGAUGGCAUUAUGGGGAUAUGUGAACCACUUUCUAGAAACUGAUGUGAAACUGACUCGAGCUAACAUGUGGAUUAUCGCUCAAAAUUGGCCUUACCCCUUUUAUCUAGUAAAAAUAUUAUAUUUUAUUGACACAUUUGAUGAAUUUAUUAAUAUAUGAAACUACCAAAGGGGAAGGGGAGUGUGAAAACUUGGCUUAUUCGCCUUCCUGAGUUUUAACCCCUUCUCAAAUUUCUCUCUCCUCCCGAGCCAAGUCCUUCAAUUUCUAGAAGAGAGAGAGUGAGAGAGAGAGGGAGAUGGAGAGUUGGUCUAACGAUGGUGCAUCGUUGCCGUCCGGUCAUGAUGCAAAGAAACGACAAGUGACAUACUUCUAUGAGCCGUCGAUUGGUGACUACUACUACGGCCAGCACCACGCUAUGAAACCCCAUCGUAUCUGCAUGGCCCACAACCUCAUCAUCCACUACUCCCUCCAUCAUAGCAUGGAGAUCAAUUGCCCCUUCCCCGCCUCCCCUGCUGACAUCCGUCGCUUCCACUCAGAUGAUUAUGUCAACUUCCUCUCCUCUGUCUCCCCUAGCACCCUCCAUGACCAUACCUAUUACCGCCACCUAAAGCGCUUCAAUAUUGGCGAGGAUUGCCCCAUCUUCGAGGGCCUCUUCUCCUUCUGCCAGGCCUCUGUCGGUGGCUCUCUUGGCGCCGCCGUUAAGCUCAACCGCCAAGAUGCCAACAUCGCCAUCAAUUGGGCUGGAGGGCUUCAUCACGCCAAGAAGUCUGAGGCCUCCGGGUUUUGCUAUGUGAAUGACAUCGUUUUGGGGAUUCUUGAACUCCUCAAGGUUCACAGGCGCGUAUUGUAUGUUGAUAUUGAUGUUCACCAUGGAGAUGGUGUGGAGGAGGCAUUUUACACCACUGACAGAGUGAUGACUGUGUCUUUCCAUAAAUUUGGGGAUUUCUUUCCUGGAACUGGGCAUAUUAAAGACAUUGGAUUUGGGAAUGGUAAGUACUAUGCCCUAAAUGUCCCCUUGAAUGAUGGAAUGGACGAUGACAGCUUUCGUGGUCUAUUUCGGCCCAUCCUCCGAAAAGUUAUGGAGGUAUACCAGCCAGAUGCAGUUGUUCUCCAAUGUGGAGCAGAUUCAUUGGCUGGUGACAGACUGGGGGGCUUCAACUUGUCUGUGAGAGGCCAUGCAGAUUGCCUUCGUUAUCUUAGAUCAUUCAAUGUUCCUCUGAUGGUAUUGGGUGGGGGAGGCUAUACCAUUAGGAAUGUUGCCCGCUGCUGGUGCUAUGAGACUGCUGUAGCCGUUGGGGUGGAACCUGAUAAUAAAUUGCCUUACAAUGAAUAUUAUGAAUACUUUGGUCCAGACUAUACUCUUCACAUUGAACCAAGCAAUGUGGAGAACCUGAACUCAGCCCGGGAUUUGGAAAAAAUACGGAACAUGUUACUUGAGCAACUGUCCAGAUUGCCACAUGCACCAAGUGUACCAUUUCAAACCACACCUCAAAUUACAGAAGUUCCAGAAGAGGCUGAAGAAGAUAUGGAUAAAAAACCAAAACCUCGUAUAUGGAAUGGCGAGGAUUGCGAGUCUGAUGCUGAUGAAGAGGAGAGACCUUGACAUUGAAAUUAUCAUGCUCGUACUGACGAAAUGAGCGGAACGAGUUCAAGAAUGCAAUGGCUGUGAGGAAACAAACAGUAUGGAAGUUUCUUAUGGAGGAAGCCCAGGCCAAGGCGCCACGUGUCGUGGCUUCAAUUAUAUUAUAUCUUUGUCAUAUUAACUCUUAAUAUGUCAUAUUCUAAAAGCAAUUGUUGUUAAAAGUGUUAUUUACCUAAUAUUUCAUAUAUUUAUGUGACAUUUCUUUUU